GGGGCGUGCGCCGGGAGCGCCGAGCUAUGGCGGCGGCGGAGCUGCCUGAGUCCCCCACCGCCGAGCCCAACCCGUUCUCCUUCCGCGAGUUCGUGCGGAGCAAAGCCCGGAGCGGCGACGGAGCUCCGUCCGUCCGCGCCGAGGAGCCCGUCUUCCUCAGUCCCCGCCCCCCUUCCCCUCCCCAGGCGGCUCAGCUCUGCCCCCUCCUCGGCUCCCCGCUGCUGCCGGGCCCGGCGCCUCCCGGUGGGGCGGAGGAGGACGAAGACGAGGCGGAGUGGAGCGGCAGUUACCGACCCGCGGCCGCUGAACGGGCGCACCUCACUGCGGCCUUCUGUGAGGCCGGGGGGGCGGGCGCUGCUCCGCGGCGGCGCAGCUACGAGGAGCUGAAAGCAGAGAACGCCGCGUUGCGGAGGAGGAUCCGCGAGCUGCAGGAGAUCUCUGGGGCUCAAGCAGACGUGAUGAAAAAGCUCGAAAGAAAGCUCGAGGAAAACAAAAUCAAAGAAGAGAAGGAAGCUCGGGACUUGGAAGCAAUGGUGCAGCACGUGGAGCAGAAUCUCCAGCUGAUGACUAAACGGGCUGUUAAGGCAGAAAAUAAUGCUACGAAACUGAAACAGGAAAAUGCAUUACUUCAGGUUCAGCUGAAGAAUUACAAGAUGGAGAACGAAGCUCUGAGGUCGGGGCAGUCAGCAAGCCUGGCUGCGGUGAAACAGAACGCAGACACGGCCCUACAGAACCUCCUGACUGUUAUCACAAACUCUCAGUCUUCGAUAAAGCAGCUGCUCUCUGGAGCAGAAUCACUGCAGCUCGUCGCCGAUCUCCUGAAAUCCAUAGACAGAAUUUCUGAGGUGUCGGAAGAUGGACGGUGAAACCAAACGGAUGGGCAGAGCUCCGUACUGAGCGCCGCGGGUGCUGCUGCAGGAGCAGCUGUUCCAUCCCUGCAGGUGGCCGAGGAUGGAGCCGGCAAAGGGCGGCGCUCAGCCGACAGCGAGCGGGACCGCAGCGCCCUGCUCGGCUCCGGAGACUACUAGCAGGGCUGGCAGGAACGCCCGGCCUCUCCCCACUCCCUCAGCGGCCGGAGCUGCGGGAAUGGGCGGCCGUGCAGCACGGAGGAGCGGACCCGCUGGGGUUCGGGAAGCGGUGCGGCCGUAGGACCGGGCGCUGCUAUCCGCGUAACGGAGCGAUUAAAGGCGGACGCGACGCGCGGGUCGCGCUCCUGGCGAAGCUGUGCUCCCA